AUGCAUAUCUGGAUACUAAAAAUAAUCCUUCUGGUUGCAUCAUCUCUGAGGCUGGUUGAGAUGUAUGGCAAUUAUGGAGAGAUCUGCCGAAACCUUUGUACAUGUGAGGAGAAGGAAGGAAUCCUGACGGUGAGCUGUGAGAACCGGGGGAUCAUCAGACUGACAGAGAUCAGCCCAGUUCAGUUCCCCAUGUACCACCUCCUGCUGACAGGGAACCUCCUAAAGAAACUGUCAGUCAAUGAUUUCAUCAAUUACACCGGGGUGACCAUCCUGCACUUGGGGAACAAUGACAUCUCUGAGAUAGAGUCAGGUGCUUUCAAUGGACUCCAGGGAUUGAAGAGGUUACACCUGAAUAACAAUAAGAUUGACAUUCUGAGGGAUGACACCUUUGCAGGACUAGAGAGUUUGGAAUAUCUACAGAUUGACUAUAAUUAUAUCACCAAUAUAGAGCCCAACGCCUUGAGCAAACUCCACCAACUAACAGUGAUGAUUUUGAAUGACAACCUGCUCUCUGCACUCCCUCAGAAUAUCUUCCGUACUGUCCCCCUCACACACUUGGAUCUGAGGGGGAACCGAUUAAAAAUGUUUCCCUACAUCGGCCUCCUCGAACACAUGGACAAAGUUGUGGAAUUACAACUAGAAGAAAAUCCGUGGAAUUGUUCCUGUGAGCUCAUUGCGCUAAAGGCCUGGCUUGAGAGCAUAUCCUAUACAGCUCUAGUGGGAGAAGUGGUGUGUGAGACGCCAUUCAGGCUUCACGGCCGGGACCUGGAUGAGGUGUCCAAGCAGGAGCUUUGCCCGAGAAGACCCCUAGAAGAUACAGUCAGGCCAGCACCUCCAAGCAGCACCAAUGGAUAUUACCAGACCACACCAGCUGCGGUCACAGCCUCUGCCACAUCUUCGGCUGUUUUCAGGUCCUCUUCUAGGCCUACCAAGGGCGCACGGCCAUUUAACAGAACUAGGUUAAAGCCCACCUCUCGAUUACCUGGCGGUAACCCUUACAACUAUGGCCAAAUCAUUACUUUUCAAACCAAAUCUCCCGUGCCUUUGGACUGCCCCACUGCCUGCACAUGCAAUCUGCAGAUUUCUGAAAUUGGGUUAAAUGUCAACUGCCAAGAGAGAAAGAUUGAGAGUAUUUCUGAUCUGAAGCCCAAGCCAUACAACCCUAAAAAAAUGUAUCUCACGGGAAAUUACAUCCCCGUGGUACGGAGAUCAGAUUUUGUUGAUGCCACUGGAUUGGAUCUGCUUCACCUUGGAAACAACAGGAUAACUCUGAUCCAUGACCGGGCUUUUGGGGAUUUAACCAACCUGCGUAGGCUGUAUUUAAAUGGUAAUCUCAUGGACAGGCUUACAGGGGAAAUGUUUUUUGGCUUGCAAAACUUGCAGUAUCUUUAUUUAGAGUACAACAAAAUCAAGGAGGUGGAUGCAGGCACCUUCCACUACCUCCCUAAUCUCCAACUGCUUUUCCUCAACAACAACCUCCUUAAAACCUUACCCACAGGCAUCUUUUCCAGUCUUUCCCUGUCUAGGCUUAAUUUGCGCAACAACAAUUUCCAAAACCUGCCUGUGAGUGGUGUUUUAGAUCAGCUGAAACUGCUGGUGCAGAUAGAUCUGUUUGAAAACCCCUGGGACUGUUCCUGCGACAUAGUGGGGAUGAAGAUAUGGCUCGAACAGCUCAGUGCAGGCACUGUGGUCAAUGAGGUUGUGUGUGAGACACCCAAACGCCACACAGGGAUGGACCUACGUUCCAUCCAAUCAGAGCAGCUGUGCCCUGACUACUCCGAUAUGUACAUCUCACCAACUGACCCAACGGUAGAGCCCAUGGAUGAUCACGCCGUCACAACAGAUGCUCCCCAGAAAAUCAACUCCCAUAGCAGCACUGUCCCCCUCUCUGUCCUCAUCCUCAGCCUCUUGCUUGUUUUCAUCCUGUCUGUCUUUGUGGCUGCAGGGCUCUUUGUUGUGGUAAUGAAAAGACGCAAAAAGUCCCAGUCCGACCGUACUAGCACCAACAAUUCUGAUGUCAGCUCGUUUAACUUGCAAUACAGCCUCUACAGCAACCGUUCCGGUCCUAAAGUCAAAGCCCCUGCUGGCCACGUCUAUGAGUACAUUCCUCAUCCCAUGGGCCACAUGUGCAAAAACCCCAUUUACAGGUCACGAGAAGGGAACACGGUGGAGGAUUACCGUGACCUGCAUGAGCUCAAGGAUGCCGACCAUUUCUUCAGAGGCAUACUGGAGCCGGAUAAGCAGUCCCCCCAUCAGUCUAUUCCGGCAGGGGCCAAUUUAGAGUACAAGUACACUGGGCCUGUGUCAUACACAUACAACCCAAAUUUUGAUGUCAGACGUCAGUUCUUGCACCCGGAGAGGAUAAGAGAAACGGUGCUCUAUGGCACAGCACCCAGUACUGUUUAUGUGGAGCCCAACAGGAACGAGUACUUGGAGCUAAAAGCUAAACUGCAGUCUGAGCCCGAUUACCUUGAAGUUCUUGAGAAACAGACCACCUUUAGCCAGUUUUGA